AUGAAUCAAGCACAAGUGUACAGUGGUGAUGUAAAGUCGGAUCUGGACAUCGGACAGUCGGUCAGCAGUGGUCAGCUCGCCGAUGACUUCAGCAGGUGCACCGUGGAGGACGCCUUUCCGAAGACGUCGUCGGCAAGACGACUGUCGGCCACCUCGUCGCUGUCUGCCUCUUCCGCCUCGCUGGACGACUCAAUCGGCGACGCGCCCGGCCCCUCUCCGUUGCCUUCCAUGUCGGGAGUGCUGCUGAAGUGGACCAACUACAUCCACGGCUGGCAACAGCGCUUCAUCAUGCUGAAGGACGGCACGCUCAGCUACUACAAGUCAGAGGAUGAACUGUCCUUUGGCUGCAGAGGUGCCGUCACCAUCAUCAAGUCUAACAUAAAGUUACACGAGAUUGACGAGUGCCGUUUUGACAUCGGCGUUGCCGACUGCGUAUGGUAUCUGCGUGCAGCAUCGGUGGACGAGUGCACGCGGUGGGUGCAGGCCAUUCAGACGCAGCGCAACUUCUACCAAAGUACGCAGUACAGCAGCGACACCGGGUCAACUGGCUCCGACGCAUCCAAUAAAAACCCACAAACAUCAGUCGACUCAGGUUACAGUGACUCAUUGAACGCCUCGAUUGCGCCCAGCCGGGAUAAUCUCUUUGUGGACUUCAAGAAGGAAGCGUUCACCUUUAAGGCGACCACCGCGGGAAUCAUCGCCACCCUCUCGAACUGCAUCGAGUUGAUGAGCCAACGGGAGGAGCAGUGGAAGAAGCGCCUCGAAAAGGAACAGGAGCGACGUCGAUCGGUGGAAGCCCAGUCGAAGCGUGCGUCAGCUGAGCUGGAGGAGACGCGACGAGCGCUGGCAGAGCUGCAGCUUGACUUGCAGAAAAACGUCGCCCUUCAGAAGCAAAUUCAAGAGCAGCAGUCAUCGCAGCAGCAGGUGAUCCUCAUCGGCGGACCGGACUAUGAGGAAGGCCCUCAUAGUAUGAUCAAGGAGGACGAGUUCUUCGACGCCAUCGACGCUGCACUGGACCGUUGUGACCAACAGGAGGAAGACAUGCGCCAGCUGAAGCUACGCACCAGCACGCUGAGCCAGCCGCUGGAGGUGAUCCCCCCGGAGCGCUGCGACCACCCUCUCUGGCCGGAGAUUGAGCAGGUCACCAUGGAGCAGCUCUACUACGCCCGCCUGGAGGUGGAGGACACGCCCGCGUCGGGCGGUNGAGGACGAGUUCUUCGACGCCAUCGACGCUGCACUGGACCGCUGUGA